GAGAAGCGCAGACCUGGCAGCAGCGUCCGUUGGCGCGCGCCGCCCUCCUGCGCCCGUGCCAACCAUGGGGCCAACUCGCAACUCUUAGGGCUCUGCCUCAGGCCAAGGGAGAUCAACGAAGCUGCGAGCAGAAGCCAAGAUGAGUUUCCGCAAGGAGGACGGUGUGAGCAGCUUGUGCCAGAAGGCGCUGCACAUCAUCACCGAGCUGUGCUUCGCGGGUCAGGUGGAGUGGGACAAGUGUUCGGGCAUCUUUCCAGCCGAUAGGAGCGGCCAGGGAGGAGGUGGCACAGAUAUUUCAGUCAGCCUGUUAGCGGUUGUUGUAAGCUUCUGUGGACUGGCCUUGCUGGUUGUCUCCCUUUUCGUCUUCUGGAAGUUGUGCUGGCCAUGCUGGAAGAGCAAGCUUGUGGCCCCCAACCUCAGUGUCCUUCCACAAAGCAUCUCAAGUGCUCCAACUGAAGUUUUUGAGACUGAAGAGAAAAAAGAAGUGGAAGAAAAUGAAAAGCCAGCACCCAAAGCCAUUGAGCCUGCAAUAAAAAUCAGCCACACAUCCCCUGACAUCCCAGCAGAAGUGCAGACAGCUUUAAAGGAGCACUUGAUUAAACAUGCUCGAGUGCAAAGGCAAACAACGGAGCCUACGUCUUCAUCCCGCCACAACUCCUUCAGGAGACACCUACCAAGGCAAAUGAACGUCUCCAGCGUCGACUUUAGCAUGGGCACUGAACCCAUCUUACAAAGAGGAGAAACGAGAACGAGCAUCGGGAGGAUAAAACCAGAACUCUACAAGCAGAAAUCGGUUGACUCCGAGGGCAACAGAAAAGACGACGUCAAGACCUGUGGGAAACUUAACUUUGCGCUCCAGUAUGAUUAUGAAAAUGAACUCCUAGUUGUUAAAAUUAUCAAAGCUUUAGAUCUCCCAGCUAAAGAUUUCACAGGAACUUCUGAUCCUUAUGUGAAGAUCUAUCUUCUUCCAGAUAGGAAGAAGAAAUUUCAGACCCGCGUGCACCGGAAGACUUUAAACCCUCUGUUUGAUGAGCUAUUUCAGUUUCCGGUGGUUUACGAUCAGCUAAGCAACCGCAAACUACACUUUAGUAUAUAUGAUUUUGACAGAUUUUCCAGACACGACAUGAUUGGGGAAGUGAUUCUUGAUAAUUUAUUUGAAGUCUCUGAUCUCUCCAGGGAAGCCACAGUAUGGAAAGAUAUCCACUGUGCUACCACAGAAAGCAUAGACCUGGGGGAAAUCAUGUUCUCCCUUUGCUAUUUGCCAACUGCUGGCCGUAUGACCUUGACAGUGAUCAAGUGCAGAAAUCUGAAGGCAAUGGACAUCACUGGGUCAUCAGAUCCUUAUGUCAAAGUGUCUCUGAUGUGUGAGGGCCGAAGACUUAAAAAACGGAAAACAACUACAAAGAAAAAUACUCUCAAUCCAGUGUACAAUGAAGCCAUUAUCUUCGAUAUCCCUCCAGAGAAUGUGGACCAGGUCAGCCUGUGCAUUGCAGUCAUGGAUUACGACAGGGUGGGGCACAAUGAGGUCAUAGGCGUGUGUCGAACUGGUCUAGACGCUGAGGGUCUUGGGAGAGACCACUGGAAUGAGAUGCUGGCCUAUCACCGAAAGCCAAUCACACACUGGCACCCCUUGCUGGAGUUACCUGGCCGGGCCACCAGCUUUGAUAGUCAAGGGUCCUGUUCUUCUCCCAGGCCACCGUCCACACCAUAAAAGCCUCCAAAUAAGACCAUAUCACAGAAAGAUCUAGAACCAUGUGUUCAUUGAAUCAGAAACCUGCACACAGAAAACACAUGCGCGCACAGAACAUUUGACUUCUUCAUUUAAAAUAUACCCAUGAUAAUUAAUAACUUGAUGCAUAAUUUCUCUUGGCUUAUUUGGCUUAUUUGUCUUCAACUUUGAGCAUAUUAAUACAUUCUACUUGAGUACUAAUGGUCCUUAGUUACAUACAGUGUUUUAUUUUCAUGUCUUCUCUCUACUUGCACAGUGUUUUAAUAUGUUGUAAUUCUUCGCCUAAGCAAAUAAGUUAUUUGAGAAGAGAAUCCACAUGUAUGUAAAAAUUAAAUAUAGUUUAUAACUGUGAUGUGUGAAAUAGUGAAACAUGUCAUUUUCAACUGUGUACACAGUUCUAUCUGAACUUUUAAUGUGCAUACCUAAAUUCAACAGGAUCAACUCCUUCGAAUCCUAACUAAUGUCAUGUGUCUGAUAGUAGUUUUCUUCCAUGAUCAGCAUGUUUGUCGUUGAGGUUGUCUCUCCAGCUUCCGUUCUGGGGACACUUAGCUAAGCUGCAAAAUGAAGAGUCAUUUUCGAAUACAAAUGUACAAAGCGAUGCUGAGUGUCUGGUCAAUGACACUACCAGCUUACGACAUCUUACUGUUGCAUUAUUUCAGACGCCCGUGGUACUGCUGACAGAUAGUUUUAAAACUCCUAGCAAUCUUCUUACGUGGCUACAGUCAUAAGUUUGUCUUUCCAGGUGACCCAGUACAGUGGUGUGCUUGUUCUGUAACUUGGAGCUGUCAUGUGGCUCCUACACUUUUGAUGGAUCACACUUCAUAGAAACCAAAGGUCCAGCAAAGUUUUCUGUGCCCACCGUCCUUAAGAUAGACAGGUGUUGACUCCACCCACUCAGGAGCUGGUCGCUCAUCAAUAGAGCUAGACAGUCUUUCAAGGACGAAAUAUAGAUGCAUGCUAUAAACAGUACAACUUUCACACUUAUUAAAAAUAAAUGCAUUUCAAAGGUCCAGACAGACAGCUCUUUAAUGAAAGGAAGGAUUAAUGAUCAGGCCACUAGAGGUAAGAUAAAUAUAUAUCUAUCUAUAUACAUAUAUAUGCAAAUGCUUUUUCUUUUUACAAGAUAGAACUUUCUUGGAAAUCAGGUCAGCUUUUUGCAGUCUCAUUUUAAGACCCUAUUGGAAGGCGCCUAAAUGGAAUCACAAUAACCUUGCUUUUGAGGUAUGCAUAUUUAAAGCUCAUUCCAUAAUAAGGUUUCUAAAAGGGAAGAAAAUUUAUAUUUGAAUUUUUUAAGCAAGCU